AGGCCGGCCCAGCAUUGCCGUUCGGCGCCACUGCGCGCGACUACCGCGCCUCCAGCGUUUCUACCCACCGCCGCGCGUUCAUCGCUAGCUGAUAUGGAUCUGCUGAGGUACCCUUUUAGGGGAGUCGUCAAUGAUGUCAAAGGAAGAGCAUCUUGCUACAAGGACGACUGGGUUGCAGGGCUCCGAACUGGCUUCAGGAUAUUGGCACCUACUAUGUAUAUAUUCUUUGCCUCCGCACUCCCUGUCAUCGCCUUCGGAGAGCAGCUGAGCAACGAAACAAAUGGUAUUCUCAGCACAGUUGAGACACUGGCAUCCACAGCGCUAUGUGGUGUAAUACAUUCCAUCCUCGGAGGGCAGCCGAUGAUGAUCGUUGGGGUGGCUGAGCCUACAAUUAUCAUGUAUACAUACCUCUACAACUUUGCCAAGAAGCAGCCAGAUCUGGGAGAACGGCUAUAUUUGGCUUGGGCUGGAUGGGUGUGCAUUUGGACUGCUAUCAUGCUGUUUCUUUUGGCCACGUUCAAUGCUUCCAAUGUUAUAAGCAGAUUUACAAGGGUUGCAGGAGAACUUUUUGGCAUGCUCAUCACUGUUCUCUUCCUGCAAGAAGCUAUCAAGGGAAUUGUAAGUGAGUUCAGUAUGCCUAAAGAUGCUGCGAUUGUUGACCACAGUUCACCGGCAUACCAGUUCCAGUGGAUAUAUGUCAAUGGCCUACUUGGUGUUAUCUUUUCAAUUGGCUUGCUGUACACUGCAUUGAAGACUAGGCCGGCAAGGUCAUGGCUGUAUGGCAUAGGAUGGGUUAGAAGCUUCAUUGCUGAUUAUGGAGUCCCGCUUAUGGUAAUUGUGUGGACAGCCUUUUCAUACACACUUCCAAGUAAUGUCCCCUCAGGAGUGCCUAGGAGGCUCUUCAGUCCACUUCCCUGGGAGUCAAGUUCUUUGAAACAUUGGACCGUGGCAAAGGAUUUGUUUUCUGUCCCUCCAACAUAUAUUUUUGCAGCUAUUGUGCCUGCACUGAUGGUUGCCGGACUUUAUUUCUUUGAUCAUAGUGUAGCUUCACAAUUGGCUCAGCAAAAGGAGUUUAAUUUGAACAAGCCUUCUGCUUACCAUUAUGAUAUUUUGGUACUUGGGUUCAUGGUCCUACUAUGUGGUUUGAUUGGCAUUCCUCCAUCAAAUGGAGUGCUUCCUCAGUCCCCCAUGCAUACGAAAAGCCUUGCUAUCCUCAGGGGACAGUUGCUGCGUAAAAAGAUGCUUCAAACUGCCAAAGAGAGCAUGGUAAACCGUGCGAGCAGUUUGGAAAUAUAUGGCAAGAUGCAGGAUGUUUUCAUCCAAAUGGACAGCAAGCAGAAUGCUGAUUCUGUUGACAAGGACUUGAAGAGCUUGAAGGACGCUGUGCUGCGUGAAGGUGAUGAAGAAGGGAAAUUGGCUGGAGAAUUUGAUCCCAGAAAACAUAUCGAAGCCCAUUUGCCCGUUCGUGUGAAUGAACAGAGACUAAGCAACCUUCUGCAAUCGUUACUGGUUGGUGGCUGUGUUGGAGCUAUGCCGGUUAUCAAGAUGAUACCCACUUCGGUCCUCUGGGGUUACUUUGCCUAUAUGGCUAUUGAUAGCCUACCUGGGAACCAGUUUUGGGAAAGGAUACAACUUCUGUUAAUUGGAGCAAGCCGGCGCUACAGGGUGUUGGAAAGUCCACAUGCAUCUUUCGUGGAGUCAGUGCCUUCAAGAACAAUAUCUGUCUUUACGAUCUUCCAGAUUGUCUAUCUCCUGAUAUGCUUCGGCACAACAUGGAUACCAAUAGCAGGGAUUCUCUUCCCGCUGCCUUUCUUCCUUAUGAUUCUGAUAAGGCAGUACCUACUCCCAAAGUUUUUUGAGCCCAGUGACUUGCGGGAACUGGAUGCAGCUGAGUACGAAGAACUUGAAGGGGUCCACCAUGAACACACACUGAUACAGGAGGAAGAUGGCUCUGUUUCAGGAAGCUGUGACAGCAGAAACGACGCCGAGAUAUUGGAUGAGCUCACAACAAACCGUGGAGAGCUGAAGCAUAGAGCUGCAGGCCAUCGUGAAGAAAGGCACCUUCAGGCCCAUUCAAAUGCUGUUCAACCAAGUGUGUGAAGAUAUAACAAUGUCGUGAUAAUAGAGGCGUUCUGCCUGCUUGUUCGCUCAGAAGUGUAGAGUAGAUCCUCAAGCAGCAGUUCAGCAAUACACCAUUGUUAAGUAAUAUACUAAUAUGCAUGGUAUUGUAGCUAGAGCUGAAACCAUAUAUAAGCCAUCAUUGGGUCAAGUACGAAGUAAGAUCAGGCAAUUAGCAGGGAGAGCCAAUUUAAGUAAGUUUUGGAUAUGGAAGAACUUGCCAGAAUGUUAUUGUGUGGCAUGUUAGGCAUUGCCGCAGCACUAUUGCUCUGCGAUUUAUGUACUGCUUGUUCUGGUCGGCUGUAAAAUGUUCCAAUUUGCACCAGAAGAAACAAAUAUAUUUUAGCUGCAUUUU